GGAGGACAGUCACACCCAUUAUUGACUUGCAGCGUAAAAAUUAAUUAUCAAGACACAGACUAGAUCGACUACAGACUGGGAACAGCUUGGUGCUAGCAGCUAAGAAACACACAAUGGAAAAGACAGUAGAAAGAGCGAAGGUUGCCGAACAGGCUGAAAGAUAUGAAGACAUGGCACAGGCAAUGAAGGAUCUAGUUAAGACCAAAAGAAAAUUAUCGACAGAAGAGAGAAACUUGUUGUCUGUGGCCUACAAGAAUGUAGUCGGUGCUCGUCGUAGUGCUUGGAGGGUGGUCUCCAGCAUUGACGAUAAGAAUUCUAAUGAAGCAAAAGGUGUCCUGAUUGAAGAGUACAAGAAAGAGAUUGAGAAAGAGCUUACCGAUAUCUGCAAUGAAGUACUUGAACUCCUUGAUAAAGUCCUUAUUCCCGGCUCUGACGAUGAAUCAGACGAGUCCAAGGUGUUCUACCAAAAGAUGAAGGGUGACUACUAUCGUUAUAUUGCCGAAGUUUCCACGGAGAACAGAAAGGACUCUGUGGAUAUGGCUAGUGAGGCAUAUAAAUCAGCCCAGGAAACUGCAACCAGUAGCAUGUCACCCACCCACCCCAUCCGACUUGGUCUGGCUCUCAACUUCUCCGUGUUCUACUACGAGAUUGCAAGCUUACCAGACAAAGCCUGUGAGCUCGCUAAAACGGCAUUUGAUGAUGCUAUUGCUGAGCUUGAUCAGCUGCAGGAGGACUCUUACAAAGACAGCACUCUCAUCAUGCAGCUCCUUAGGGACAACCUCACUUUGUGGACAGCCAGUGAUAAAGUGGAGGAUGACGAAGAAGAUCAAUAGAGGAGAAAUUAACUGUACGUGUUACCGUUUUAUAGAGAACAUUCAUAUACUUAUAAAAUUUUAGUUUUUAGGUCUAUGUGUAGUUAUAAUUCGUCGAUGUAUGGUCCUUCUUUUUUAUGAUUUUGUAAGUGUGUUCUAAUUUAUGAUUGAUGUAUAAUUAUAUAUAUCAGUCUGCAUGUAAAAUUAAUAUCAAAACA